UGUUGCUUCCGUAAAGGUUACUUCAGGUCUGUGCGAGCGUUAAAGGAGUUCCCUAAUGUGAACAUAAACGAUGUCCGUCGCAUAACCAGAUAUUUUGUUACUUUUCCGAGUGCUACCACUUCACAUUCAUUCUGAUAAAUUUCAGACAGAAUAUUCCACGCGAAGCUGUGUUCAGAAGAUUGUGAUAAAAAUGACCAACCAGUCUCUGCAUGUCAAUAUUGACAAAUGGAUUGCUGAGAAUGAGACUUCAUUCCUACCGCCUGUAUGCAACAAAUUAAUGUUUUUUUAUCAGUUGAAUAUUAUGUAUGUUGGUGGUCCAAAUGUGAGGAAAGAUUAUCACAUUGAGGAAGGAGAAGAGCUUUUUUACCAGGUGAGGGGUGACAUGGUUUUGAAAGUGAUAGAGAAUGGCAAACAUAAAGAUGUGCAUAUUCGAGAAGGUGAGAUGUUCCUGCUUCCAGCACGAAUUCCCCAUUCUCCUCAGAGACAGGCAAAUACUGUAGGGCUGGUGGUAGAGCGGAGGAGGCUUUCCAAAGAAACAGAUGGCCUUAGAUACUUUGUGGCGAAUAGUACGGAAGUCUUGUUUGAGCGCUGGUUCUACUGUGAAAAUCUUGGAACCCAACUUGUUCCCAUCAUCAAAGAGUUUCUGGAUUCCAAAGAGAAUGAAACAGGAAAACCUGAUCCAGCGAAUCCCAUAAAGCCAGCCCCAUACCCGCUCAACACAAUGAAUGUGAUGACACCAUUCAGCUUCAGAGAGUGGGUGGAAAAGCAGAAGCCUGUCCUUGCCAGCGGUUGUCCAGUGGAUAUGUUCGGAGAACAGUUUGAGACUGAGACACUGCUGUUUGGAUCUGGAACAUCUGCAAAUAAAAGACGAACUGACGGCUGGAUCUGGCAGCUGGAAGGGUUGUCCAACGUCUUCAUGAAUGGUAAAGAGUACAGCUUGUCUGCUGGGGAUUGUCUUCUUAUUUUUGGAGAGACAGAGUAUAAAUGGCAACGGUCACAGGAUUGUGUUGCUUUGUAUGUUGCUCAAGACCCAGACAGGAAGAGACCCUACUGAGACACCUAAAUGGACAAGGAUAUUUGUUUAGGACCCACAAUAAUCAUCAUAUUCACACAUUGUUAGACAAAUUAACAUGCUGAGUGACAAUUCUUGGGUGAAAUAUAACAGGGGUAAUUGGAGUCAGAUUUAACAUUAUGAAUUAAGGAGGAUGACCAGUGACAAAAUGGAUUUUAAAUAUUUACACCACUGAUUUUUACAUUUAAUCUUGUGUAAUAUAAUAUAAUCGUUUUGAAUAAUAUAAUUCAAUAUAGGCACAGUGGGUAGCACGAUUGCCUCACAGCAAGAAGGUCGCUGGUUCGAGCCUCAACUGAAUGAGUUGGCGUUUCUUUGUGGAGUUUGCACGUUCUCCCCGUGUUUGCGUGGGUUUAGUCCGUGCACUCCAGUUUCCCCCACAAGUCCAAACACAUGCGCUUUAGGUGAAUUUGGAUAAGCUAAAUUGUUUGUAGUGUAUGUGUGUGUGAAUGAGUGUGUAUGGAUGUUUCCCAGUGAUGGGUUGCAGCUGGAAGGGUAUCUGGUGCAUAAAACAUAUGCUGGAUAAGUUGGCUGUUCGUUCGACUGUGGCGUUUUUAUAAACAAAAACGAAUAGGCCUAUUAAAUACAAAGCAAUUAGCACAAAUGUUAGGAGUUUAAACAUCACUCUUUAGGCUAAUACUUAUUGUUUGAAUAUGCUAAAAGGGGCUUUACAUUUAUUAACCCUUAUAGAUAUAAAACUUAUCAAUACAUGUUAGUUUAAAACCCAAAACAAGGUGUUUUGAUUAAGUCUUAAUAAUUACGAUUAUUUUGGAAAAUGAAAGCAUUUUAAAAAAUGAAUUUAAUCCAAAAAGAUUGAACAAAAGGAGCAAAAUAAAUGAGCUACACUUAGUAGAAAUAUCCUAGAAAGAGCACAUCAAUGUCACUUUUAACAUUACUGCAUAAACGGCUUGACAGGAAAUAAAAUAUUUUAUAAUCAUAUAUUUUUAUAGUUCAUACAAUAUACAUUUUUAAACUUAAUCUGUUAAGAAAUCUUUAUAGGGAUGUCAGGAUCAAUAAUGACAAUUAUUUUAUUACAAGUCUGUAUGUCAGAUCCCCGGCUCGUUCCUGCUCACCCAAUCGUUCGCCUUCACAAACCACCUCCAUCCAAUCUCGUGAACUCUCACCAGCUUUCUAAUGACUUGCACCUGUUCCUCAUCACCAAAGGACACUAUAAAUGCCCAGCUUCUCCUCUCAGUCAUCGGCCGGUAGUCGGAUGGCUGUCCUAAUCUACACUCCUUCGUUUUCUCCACAACUUCCAUUAAUGUUCCUCAUGAGUCUUCGAGUCCUUCAUACUGAUCAAGGGAAGUGAUUAUUCUUAUCUGAUGUUUACUAGAAGAUCUGCUAUCAUUCUGAUGAACUGUGUGCUUGUAUACUCAUCGACGGAUGGUAAUUGCAUGCUUUCUGAUCCUCCCCGAUCAAGAGGAAUGCUUACACUUACUGUAUGUAGCGUUUACCAGAAGAUCAGCUAUUUACUAGAUAAACUGUGUCUGUUUGAUCACCGGCUGAUGUUCUUGUGAGCAAACUGCAUGUGAGACUGAUAACAUCUGUUAUUGACACUUACUGUGCCGUUAAAGAAGAUCGCUACAGCCUUAAUACCAUCCCUUUGAUUCCACACUUUGAUUAGAAGCUUUUUGAGUAAAACCGUGAAAAGAAAA